UCAGAUGUCACCAACCACAGGUUCUACAUUGUCAAAUCUCUUUCGCCAUCACAUCAGAGAAAUGAUCAAAGUUAUCUUCUUCAUCGCUCUCCUGGUAACAGGAAUAUUAGCGCGUCCAGAACGUCAUAGAGGUAGAAGGAGAAACGACAAAAACGGAUUUAGAGGCUUCCCUAAUGGACAAAGCCAGGUCGGAAAUCAAGAAUUUCCCGAUGGACUGAACCAGUUUGGAAAUGGAGGAACAAACGGAACAGUUGGACAAGCAGGGGGGCAACUGUUUCAACUUCUCCAGCAGCUACAACCAGACACCUUUAACCAGUUGCUUCAGUUACUAUCUAACGGUCAGCAAGGCCGUUAAUGGCAAGUUGGGUGCAUUAGAAAAAUUCCAGAAGAGCAUUAUUGCUGAAUUUUUUCCUUUAUCACAAAAAUAGCAUACAAUCCGUUAGUCCGUUUCAACAAUAAUACAAUUCAUUAAAAGCAAGUCACUAUGUAAACCUAAGUUGUUACAGAGAACGGGAUAUCUCUUUUAUUACAAAAAAAAUUAUAGUUCCAUAAUAUAAAGUAUAACUGUCUCCAGUAUAUAUGCUAGACAUUAUCACAAAAAGCAUAAUAGUUGAAAUAUAAAAAACUACUUAGUAAGAUUCAGAUAUGAAAACGUUUUAAUAUACAGUAUAUUUGUGUUAAUUUCACAUAGCCAGAAGUAUCACUUUGUUGUUAUUGUUUCUUUCCUGUCAGUAGUUUUUGCAAUAGAUAAUUACUUCAUAUUUAGUACAUUUUUACUUUUGACAAAACCCUUCUGCAUAUAUUGA